UGAACAUUAGAAGAUGACUAUCCCCACUUCUCAUCUUUCUUUGACCCACUUGUCUAUAAUUGCACCUCUCUCGUGAGCAUUAGAAGAUGACUUCUUCCAUGGCCUUACAAGGAGCUUCUUCCUCGCUCUCGUCUACUUCUUCCAUCCGUUCAUGGACUCACGAUGUAUUCUUGAGUUCUAGAGGUGAGGAUGUUCGCCAAAAGUUUAUUUCUCAUCUAUACCAUGCUUUGCAUCAUAGGGGAAUUAACACCUACAUAGACAAUAAUCUUGAAAGAGGAGAGGAAAUUUCACCGCAAAUUUUCAAAUCUAUUGAAACAUCAAUGAUUUCUAUCAUUGUACUCUCUAAAAGCUAUUCAGAGUCCAAAUGGUGUUUAGAGGAGCUAUUGAAGAUCCUUGAGUGUAAGGAAAAGAUAAAACAAAUUGUUCUACCCUUAUUUUACGAUGUAUCGCCGUCUGAGCUACGACAUCAAAAAGGGAGUUUUGGAAAAGCAUUUGCUAAACUUGGAUGUAAGAUCAAGGAUGAAGUAAAUGUUACAAAGUGGAAGGCAGCUUUACAAAAAGUAGCCAAUUUUUUCGGAUUCAUAUUUGGGGAUAGGAAUGAAUUAGAGUUUAUUCAGGACAUCAUUAAAUGGGUGGACUCAAUAAUGGUGAAUCAUACAUUUCUUAAUGUUGCAAAGUAUCCAAUUGGAAUAGAGUCACGUGUACGAGACAUUUAUCAGCAUUUGAGUAUAGGAAGGAAUGAUAUUAUAUGCAUGGUAGGGAUAUUUGGAACUGGUGGAAUUGGUCAGACAACUAUUUCAAAAGAGAUCUAUAACAGGAUCUCUUAUCAAUUUGAAGGAAGCUGUUUCUUGAAAAAUAUUAGAGAAACUUCGAAAGCAGGAGGUCUGAUCCAGCUGCAAAAAACUCUUCUUUUCGAGAUUUUGGGAAUAAGUUUGGAUUUUCAUGACAUGGACAGAGGCAUCAAUGUGAUUAGGCAUAGACUUUGCUCUAAAAGGGUUCUCCUAAUUCUUGAUGAUGUGGAUGAAUUGGUCCAACUAGAAACAUUAGUUGGAGCUCUUGAUUGGUUUGGUUCAAGAAGUAGAAUCAUCAUAACAACAAGGGAUCAAUAUUUGUUAAAUUUCUCUAAAGAUGUUUCAAAAUAUGAGUUGAAGAUUUUGGCUAACGAUGAAGCUCUUAAGCUCUUUAGCUUGCAUGCUUUUGAGAAAGAUGAACCGCUUGACCAUUAUGUGGACCUCUCUAAACAAGUAUUGCAAUAUGCUCAAGGUCUUCCACUUGCUUUAACAGUCAUAGGUUCAACACUAAAAUAUCAAAGCAUUCAUCAAUGGAAAAGUGUAUUGAAUAAAUAUAAACAAAUACCCGACGUAAAUAUUCAGAGUGUACUUCGAGUAAGUUACGAUGGAUUGGAAGAUAAUGAGAAUGACAUGUUUCUUGAUAUUGCAUGUUUCCUCAAAGGAGGACCAUUGGCUGUUGUCAUUAAAAUAUUUGACAAUUGUGGUUUCUCUCCUGAUUAUGGUAUCCGGAGGCUUGUAGACAAGUGUCUUAUCACUAUUGAUGAGUGGAAUAAAAGUGUUUGGAUGCAUGACUUGCUACAAUAUAUGGGUCGAGAAAUUGUUCGACUACAAUCACCAAAAGAACCUGGCGAACGUAGUAGAUUAUGGUUUCAUGAGGAUGUUUGUCACGCACAAAAAAAAAAAUUUAGUUUUACAUUUAUUUCCUUUUUUAGUAGUGAAACCUAUUAG